UACCUGAAUCGGUGCGGAAAGGAUCCAAACUAAAACGAUGAAGCUUGCCGUCUCUACCGUUUUGCUACUAGUUUCGGUAGCGGCCCUCUCCGGGAUCCACAGUCUCGAGUGCUACAGUUGCGAUUCGGAUCUUACGGAUUUGGAUUGCACCGACAUCAAGUCCCUACGGAAAGAAGUUUGUCCAGUGGUAUCCGAUGCCCAGUUGGUUUCGACCAGCUGCGGUUACAUGCGUGUUAAAGGUGGGAACAACACGGAACGAAUUUCCCGUGGAUGUAUCGUCGCUGGAGAGUGCAAUCUGCUCAAUGAACAGAGUGAACUGACGUCCAAAUAUCGUAUGGUGACCUGUCAGGAAUGCAGAACUGAGCUUUGUAAUGGUGCAACGGCUGGGAGUCCGGGAGUGGUACUAUGGAGAAGCUUGCUUAUGGCAAUCGCUGCCUAUGUCUUCAAGCGUCAAUUGAUGUGAUGAUCCAAGUUGGCUCUUAAUUUAUCAG